GAGCGCCGCGGCUCGUUGCCAGGCAGGAUGGCGCAUGGGCCGCCCGAGCUGCGCGUGCUGCGGGGCCCCAGGAUGCCGUUAUGGGGCUGCUCGUGCGGCGAGGGCAACAAUUGGGCAUCGCGCAUCACGUGCUCAUGCGGGAGGUCGGCACCGCGGCGCGUGGAAAGCUGCUGCGGAAGCCGGCCCCGUGGUCCAAGGAGUACAACGGCGGGCUGGAGGAGCAGCUGCGGGCGCUCACGAAACAGAUGGCCAGCCUCGCGCAUUGUCCGUCGUCGACGGCUACUGGUGGCCCAGCGGCAGGACGCGGCAGCAUCAGGAAAGAGCACGAUGAUGGUGACAAGAACGCGUUCCACCAGAAGACGUUGCCGCAGGAGAAGAUCAACUACCAUGAGAAGGCCCUCAAGGACUGCAGCAAGAAGCUCCGCACAAGGCGACGACAGAAGCUGGCGAAGUGCAGGCAGCAGUUCGACAGGUACGAAGCCGACCGCAAAGGCCUCCAGAAGCAGCUCGCCAGCAUCAUCCAGAAUAUCACCGAAAAGCAGGAGGCGAUCACGGCGAAGAGGGCGGAAGUGGAGAUUUUCAAGGUCGAGGCGGUUCGGCAGGGGCGCGCGCUGCUGGUGGCUCGCGGCGAGAUGCCGACGGCGAAGGCGAAGCUGGCCAGCCUCACGGCGAACGACCUCAUCGCCUUCGAUAUCGACGACGACGAGCUGCUGGUGCAAGCACCUGAAACUCAGGAAGCGCUGGCGGCUUUCAAGGCCAGUCCCCGCUUCGCCAGGAUCCAGCAG